CACAAACCCAGAAGUAGACAUCACAGCUAUCACGGUAGUUAUCACAGCAGCUCAGACCCGUCGCCUCUCCCACCGUGCACGCCUGAGGUUGCUUGGAGCUGGAGGUAUUAACUGCUUCUAUGUGGUCCACUAGCUCUAGAUUUCGGCCUAUGCAUUAUUAACUCCUAACUACCCAAAACCAAAAAAAUAUAGUCACUCAAAACCGAGGUGACGUCCCAAAUCGAGACUUAUAGUGAUAUGUCUCUUCACACGACGCCUCCCGUUGUUUGGAAAGACACCUCAGCCCUUUGCUCUCGUACGGGCACAUACAAAAACACAGGCACAGAAACACACACUCACGCAUAUAAAAAAAAGAAGAAAUAAAAAAAAGUAAAUGAACAAAGUAAAAAAGCUAAUAUAUAAAAAGGAUCAAAAAUAUUUCCCAAUGGAGCUGGACGAGGUGCGCCUGGUCCAACAGUCUCGGAUGCUGGUGAACAAAGACAUCUUCACUAUCCUCUCCACCACCCCGCGAGUGUUCGGUAAAAGGACUCGUUUUGUCAUUGGUCAGGCGGCGCUUAUACAGGAACCGGGGCUGCAGCGAGGGGAGGGGAUGCUGGUGGGGCUGCACUACCCCGGAAACGGUCAUAUGGUGUCAAUGUACCGCUGCCUGGACGGUCACUACAUCUACUACGACUCUUUGGACAACCCGCCAGACCCUUGCUUCAGCGUGUUCUGGCAGCGCAACGGGGUAUCAACACUCUGGGUCAAGAUGGUUUGCGAGCUCACCCAGAAUGAACAUUACGGGACGUGCGCUUACCACAGCCUUACUUUCGUGGACUUUGCGACGCGGGUGAACGAGAGCGACGUGUAUGCGGUGAUCACGGCGUUCAGGAGGCACAUGAGGCAUAGACCUGAUGUGAAGGCUGUCCUGACGGUGGAGAGGAUCGUCGAGGAGUGUGGCGGGGGCGUGAAUCUUUCGAUGGGUGACUCGCCGCAUAGUAAGAGUGCUUUGCUGUGGGGGGGAGCAUGCCGGCGAAAAGAAAUAAGUGUUUUUAGUUGUGGGGAUGUUCUGGCGGGGAAAACGAUCAUAGGGGGGGCGGGGGGGGUGAGUCUUUCGAUGGGUGACUCGUCUGGGUGUGAGGCUGCAUUGUUCUGGAGGGGAGUAAGUGGACGAAAAGUUUCUGGUCGGUAUUUUCACACGCUUCCUUCUCUUACAUCAACUAUUUCCAAAGGCCGAGAAGGAGAUCAAUCGGGUUCUCACGAGUGUUCUUUAGGUUCAGGGUACAGAGGAAGGGUCAAACUACCACCACCAGGGUUAUUAAACUACCCGUGGAAAUGCCCGCAACUCCUACGAAAGCUUUUUUUUUUUUUUUUUUUUUUUAACAGCAGAGGAGACAGUGCAAGGGCGUAAAAAAAAGAAAACAAAACAAUAAUGAAAAAAAAAGUAAUGUCUGCUUGGGCGCCGAGAGGUUCAAUAAUACAACCUCUUCUUCCCUUUUACUUUUACUUUCCCUCUUUUAUCUUCAACUUAUGCUUCACUUUUUUCCACUUAGCCACUCCAGUAUGCUUUCCCUCCCUCCGUUUUUUUCUUUCUUUCUUCCAUGUUUCCUCUUCCUUCCCUCCUCUCUUCCUUCAAUUUUGUCACUUUAAUCUCUACCCCAUUCCCUCCCUCUUUUCCCUACCUUACUUUGUCUUCCUUAUUCUCUUCCCUGCCGUUCUCUCUCUC